AUAACCAUGACCAUCAACUCAUCAACCUAUGAAAUUCUAAAAGAACUUUUUCUUCGGUGUGGUACUCUUCCGUCACCGUUAUCAAGAAAACAACAAACAAAUCAACAAAUGUUAACAUGCAGGAAAAUAUCAGCCGACAAUUCGAUUUAAAACUAAAUACGUACGAAUCUAGUACAUGUGACGAGAUUACUCCUAGUGAAAUGGAUUCGUCUCAUGCACGAAACGAUUUAUUGGAAAGUGAGAAGCCAUUAGGAAAUUCCGUUGUAUCUCCAAUUGCAGCAACCGAUUUCCCAUAUCAUACCUACGAUGAAUCGUACACUCGUGAUGUAUGUGCCAAAGAAUUUAAAGAUCGAAGAAAUUUGAUGUGCCGAAAUACCAUUCCGACUAGUGACAAACUCUUCAAAUGCAUCGUAUGUGACAAAGAUUUUCGAAGCAGAAGAAUUCUUACUGGACACAUGCACUGUCACACAGGAGAACGACCUUACAAAUGCACUGUGUGUGGGAAAGGCUUUGCCAGUAACUCUAAUUUACCGAAACACAUGCAGAUUCACGAUGGUUACAAGUACAAAUGUGAUCAGUGCGGUAAAGGAUUUACGAUCAGAUCACACUUGAAGGACCACGAAUACACCCAUACAGGUGAGGUUCCGUAUGAGUGCACAGUGUGUAACAAACGCUACUUUCGCAAAAACUCUUUAAUUGUACACAUGCGGCUUCAUAAUGACAAUCUAUUGUAUGGCUGUACUAUAUGCGAGAUAAAGUUCAAAACUAAACAUGGUUUGAAUGGACAUAUGUCUCUUCACACGGAAGAUCAUCCAUACAGUUUUGAUGCCAGUGAUCUUUCCAUCCAGAAGAGUCAAGAAAGUACCCUUGAAAGUUUGAAUCCAUUCAAAUGCAUCGUAUGUGACAAAGAUUUUCAAAGCGAAACAAGUCUUAACGAGCACAUGUACUUUCACACAGGCGACAGUCAAAAGUGCAAUGUAUGCGGAAAAGAAUUCAGGACCCGAUCAAAAUUAAAAGUGCACGAACGCAAGCAUUCUGGUGAACGGCCUUAUCAGUGCAUUGUAUGCGGAAAACAUUAUGCCACAAAAUUCACCCUUUCCAAGCAUAUGACUGUACACACCGGUGAUUACCGGCUUACGUGCAAUGUGUGUGGAAAAGGAUUUCAUAAUCGUGCAGCCCUCGAUUACCACGAGCGUCUUCAUAGGGGUGAGACGUAUAAAUGUUCACUAUGCGAAAAAGAUUUUUCAACCAACGCUAGCCUAGUCCAACACAUGACUGUUCACACGGGAGAUUAUCGCCAUAAAUGUGAUGUGUGUGGCAAAGGCUUUUGGAUACUUUCAAAGUUAAAGCGACAUGAACGCAUUCAUUCGAGCGAGAGACUGUUUCGGUGCACUGUAUGUGACAAAGAUUUUAAAACCGAAGAAGCUUUGGAAAAACACAUGCAUAGUCAUACGGGAGAGUUGUAUAAAUGUACCAUAUGUGGGAAAAAAUUGACUACUAGCUCCUACCUGAAUCAACACAUGUCAAUACACAUGGGUGAUAGUCAGCAUAAAUGUGACAUAUGCGGCAAAGUAUAUACUAGGAAGAAUAGAUUGCAAACGCACAAAUGCAUCCAUAGAACUACAAUUGAUCGUACCUUGUGAUGAUAGCAUU